AUGCUUUCAUUAAGAUCAGCUUUACGUAACACCUGUUCUUUAAGAACUUUAGGUACUCAAUCAAGAUUAUUAUCUUCAACUUCAUUACAAAACAAAUCAACUUAUCGUACACCAGAUUUUGGUGAUUAUGUUAGACCACAAGGUACUGAUGAUAAAAGUCGUGUUUUCACUUAUUUCACUGUUGGUUCUUUAGGUUUAUUAUCUGCUGCUGGUGCUAAAUCCACUGUUGAAGCUUUCUUAACCACAAUGUCUGCUUCUGCUGAUGUUUUAGCUAUGGCUAAAGUUGAAGUUGGUUUAGCUGCUAUUCCAGAAGGUAAAAAUGUUGUUGUUAAAUGGCAAGGUAAACCUGUUUUCAUUCGUCAUAGAACUCAAGGUGAAAUUGAUGAAGCUAAUAAAGUUGAUAUCAAUGCCUUAAGAGAUCCUCAACAAGAUUCUGAUCGUGCUCAAAAUCCUGAAUGGUUAAUUAUGUUGGGUAUUUGUACUCAUUUAGGUUGUGUUCCAAUUGGUGAAGCUGGUGAUUUCGGUGGUUGGUUCUGUCCUUGUCAUGGUUCUCAUUAUGAUAUCUCUGGUAGAAUUAGAAAAGGUCCAGCUCCAUUGAAUUUAGAAAUUCCACAAUAUCAAUUUGAUGGUGAUAACUUAGUUAUUGGUUAA